ACCGACUGAGGGACAGUUAACACCCACGUCGCUGCUGAACACAGUCAGUGUGUCGUUGACCACCUCCGCCGCCGGACCAUGCUGCGUCCCCACCUCGUCCUGCUGGUCCUGCUGGUGCUGGCUUGCCGGAUGGCCUGGGCCGGCCUGGCUAGGGAGCGGAGAGUCUUCAGUGCUAACUCAAACCCUUCUUACGCCUCCAGUGUAGUCAUGGACUCCUCUCAGGUGCAGAAGUACAAAGAUUGCAGCCGGGAAGUAAAUGUUGCAAACGCUCAAGUUCGAUGUGCACUCAGCGGGUGUAGGGUGAGGUGUAACUCCGGGUACAAGCUCCCAUCAGGGAGAGGAUCAGCCACCCUGGUGUGUGACCAGGCCUCUGGACAACUGAGCUAUGAUGGCCAGCCCUGGACACCGGCACUCCUCGCCUGCCUCCCUUACUGUGGUGAAGACGGCUGCCAUAAUGGCGGACAGUGCCUGGCUCCGGGUCUGUGCAAGUGUGCCAGAGGCUACACCGGUGACCAGUGCCAGACGCCGGAGGCACCCACAACCUGUCCACAGCCAGACCUGCAGGUACAGGGCGGCCAGGUGGCACUCAGAGACACCCAGAUGGUGAUUACCUGCGACCCGGGCUACUCCUUCCCUAUCGGGGGCCGCGUGGCUCUGGUUGACUGUCUGCACGGUGUGUGGCAGCUUCCUGGUCAAGGGUUCGAGGCACAGGGCCCCCUACUUUGUUCUGCUGAGUGUGACCCGCCCUGCCAGAACGGAGGAGCGUGCAUCGAGAACGGCAAGUGUGACUGUCCCCCUGGGUACUGGGGCCCCCUGUGCCAGGUCCAGAGGUGCCCCAUGCCCACCCAGGGCCUCUCUCACUCCUCAGUGGGUGGCACCUUCUCCAGGUUGAAGGUUGAGUGCCACAAGGGGUACAAGAUGUCGUCAGGGAAGGUGUCGGUGACCUUAGUGUGUCGGGGCGGCCAGUGGUCGCUGCCAGGCAACACUCUUCUCGUAGACAACGACAUCAACUGCUACCCUUUGUGAGCUAGGAGAAGUGUAGCGGCACCUGUGGCAGGUGCCAGGAGCAGACUGUCUGCCACUACCACAAGACUACAGGUUCCCGAGUGCCAGAUCGGGAAGAUCACUCACACGACCACAAUCAGGAGAAUCCUGGCGACCAACCUGAUUGGCUACCAGGAGACAAAAGCUCUGCUUAUAGCCCGCUCUCACGACAAUUAUCUUCCAAACACUUGAUUAUAUACAGAUUCUCUGAGAUUUUCCUUGGUCAUUCAUUUGUAUAGUGAUGAAAAAAACACUGUAGUGUAGAUGAGAGCAUUAUAUAUCUUAACGGUGAAAGCUUAUUACAUUGUAAUAAAACUAAUAUAUCUGAA